AAGCCGUUUCGGGUGGGGAAAACAGUUGACGAUUUUUUUAACCGGAGCAUGUGAGAGAACAGACCUCGAAGAACCUGUGGGGCUCCGAUUUUUGCUGGAAAGUUUGUAAAAAUAAUUUUUACCAAACCUAAUCCAAGUGUGAAUAGUUCCAAGUGAAUAAUGUGCGUCGAGUGAUAAAGUAAUCGCAAGUUGAAUAUAUUCAAGCAACGGUCGAACGAUUGUAACAAGGUGAUAUAUACUUAUCUCUGAAACGUCGUCGGAUGCUGCGAGCCAGCUUUAUGUGAUCUACAUGAUUCCGAUUGCCUGUCGUCGCCGUCGUCGUCGCCGUCUAAGGUCGUUCUAGUUUCUCCCAUUCAUCUGCAUUCAAAACGACAAAGACCAAACGGCCGUACACCUAGGACAAGUUCUUCUAUGCCAACCGCCGCGCGUAAUUACACCACAAAAUAAUAACCCAACAUCUUGUUGUGUUAAUUUGAAGACGGCUCAAGCAAUCAGCGGCGGUCUUUAUUCAACCCAAGUGGUAUCAAUGUUGUCUGGCAAUGGUGUGUAAAGAGAACGUGGUAUCAUGGUUUGGAAAUCUGUCCAGUUAUAAACGUAUCGAUGUGAUGUGCACGUUGCUGAAUAUGUGUCUACCGUUUGAAGUGAGGUACCUUGGCACGUGUGUCGAGGAUCUUGGUAAACGGGACUACAAUGAUCUCCGUGACACGGAACAUAAAGCCAACAACGCGUCGGACCUAGCGGAACUCACUUCUCUCGGUGUUACCGACAAGAGAACACGCAGGAAACUCUCGUUGUAUAUGGCGCUUUUGCAUUCAUGCAAUUACGCCUGCGCUGUUAUUCUGUACAAUAAUCUCUCGAACGUAGAUUUUCAAGAAAUAGUUAAUCUCCUGAAUGGGGCAACUUUCGUACAGGAUGAUCAGACCCUCGACGAACUUCUACUACUUUAUACGAUGGCUCUGAAUCAUCCGGCCUUCACGUAUGAGCAGAAAUCCGUUUUUGGCAAUAUUUAUGCCAAACUGCAGGAGGAAGAAGCCAGACUCAAUCCUCCAAAGGCAGCUGCAAACCCUUCCUUCAGAUCCGCACAAGGAUCUGCUCCGUGUGUCACUCCCAAUGACAGGGUGGUGGAUAAUGAAGUUCAGACAAACUGCUUGGUACCUCCUCCACCAAUGCAGCCAUUUCAUGGUGACAUGUCAGCACGCAGCAACACAUUCUUAACUGGAUUGCCUCCUGGUCUAACAAUGCCACCACCCGGUCCGUGUUUCCCAGCUCCGGAGCAGAUGUCGUUAGGUUCAAAUGCGGCAGCACAGUACUUGCAGCUUGGUUUCCCCUCGAUGAAUCACAUGCCGCCAUGGGCAGGUCAGGUCAUGCUGAGCAACCCAAUGAUGUACCAUCAAACCGGAGACACACUAGCUUAUCCUUCUUCCCCCUUAGUCAGCCGCCAGUCAUCACCUUCCCAGUCAAGAUCUCCUAGUCGGAGUAACUCCCCGAUGAACAGUCGCAGUCGCAAUCCUCCCCCUCGUACUUCCUCAGCCCAGAUAAUGCAAUGCGCUUCUAGCGCCGUAACGACAUCCGCAAGCACCAGCAGCAGUCAAACCAGCAUGUCAAGUUCGCUGCCAUCUCUGCAGCCUCUCAGCAGCACCGUAACCGUGAGCAGCGGCAAAAGUCAGUCCUCGUUGCCGCUUCCUCAGUGGUCCGUUCCUCCCCCCACAGCCGUCAGUGUAGCUUCUUCUAUCGGAACUUCAAGGCAUGGUAACACCGAGGGAUUGUCGACAGCUCAGACCUCGGUUACAACACCUAAACAGACAGCUGUGUCCUCUUCUCGGAUAAGGUCAACUGCUUCUGCUGCUGAUUCAUUGAGAGAAACUCUCGGCAAGGAAAUGCCCAGUUUUAAGAAUAGUCUACAGAAUUUUUCUAUUGACGAGAUAAGAAGAAUGGGGGAUGACGAGUUAAGGGACUUGGGGUUGCCAUCGAAUGCCGUUGGCCAGCUACGUAGUAUCGUGAAAGGUCAAACUUCCAACGGUUUAAAUCUGCUUCCAUCCGACAAGAAAUUUGAGAGUUCAACCAACACUAUUCCACAUCCCGUUUUAGACCACGUUGAGAACGAGGUGGUUAGAGGAAGCGAGGGUAACACUGGCACAAAAUGCAUCCCGUUACAUCAGCAACAACAGCAGAUUUUGCAUCACCACCACAAUCUCGCUAGCUCAAGUGUCAGACGAUAUCCAACCAUCUCGCCCAUGGAUCCAUCACCGAUGCAGAUAUUUCCACCUCCACCUCCUAUCUAUGCUGCUCAAAAUACUCCGUGCUACGCAUGCCUAACAAUGCCAGUCAACGGGAUGCAGAAUCGAUAUCCAAGGUACAACGCACAGCAAGCAGUAUGCUGCUUGGCACACCUGGAAGGCUUACGGUUGGACCCCGACAGUAGUCGGCAUUUUUCGCAGAGCAGUAGUUCAGAGAGUACAGGCAGCCGAUCUCCACCGGAAACACCACCAGCCGUACCUUGGGCCGGUGGAGGAGCCGGAGAAUCGUCGGUGCCAAACAACCCGUCACUGGAUCACACGAAUCCAGGGCCACCUUCCUCCCACCCGACGAGCACGACGCCAGUGUCAUCGAACCACCACCAGGCAGCUCUCCAACAGGGGAUAAAUAUGCCUCAAGUAUCGGAAAAGCAGCAAAGAAACAGUAGAAAGAACCCUGGCCAUUACGUACGUCAUAAAAACCAACACCACGCGAUGAACGGCGGACCACCAAGUAUCCCUCACUGUCUUCCAUUCCCGCCGCAAGCUUCCCAUUCACAAAUAACUUAUCUCCAGCACGGUGGACAUUUUCCAUCCCUGAGACCAGCCGCUGGGAUCUACUCAAACCACAUUUCUCAGCCCGCCUAUGCCAGGCCCACGUAUCCGAUGUACCAGCCCAACGGGGAGAUCCUAUAUCAGUACCAGGGUAACCACCUGGGCCACCAUCCUGGCUCAGGUGGGACACCACCGCCGGCUGCACCGCCUCUUUCUCAGACGCCAUACUUGCCGCCAACACCGGUCGUGACUUAUUCCACCGUCGUACCGCCGCCUAAGGUAUCCUGCUACAAUUGCGGAAGCAGCAAUCAUCACGCGGCCGAUUGCAAGGACCAAACUAUGGAGGACCUCACCAAGGGAGCCCAGUAUCGACUUGACUACACGAUACUGAAACAACCCGCAGAGUGUCCGAGUUCCGACAAGUGAUCCUCUGUCAAGGGCCACGAUUUUACUACCCGCCAAAACCCUAUUGACACAAUAAUCCGGCCCUACUACAAUCAAUCAAAAUACGGCUACUGUUUCCAAUUACGCCAAUUUUCGGUAAAUUUUGUAGACUUCAUCUUUAUCCAAGAUAAGAAUUUUUUUAAGCUCACAGAUUCCCAGUUUGCUUUACCCCGUACUAUUUUUACAAGUUAUUAUUAUUUAUGAUAGUAAUUAUUAUUAUUAUUAUUAUUAUUAUUAUUAUUAUUAUUAAUAAACAUUAUUGUAUCAAUAUAGCAUUGUGUACAAAGCAAUGGCACAUUAUUCUUAUAGUCCAUGUUUUUUAAUAUAUUUUAAGGGGUAGUAGUUCUUUUUCUUUUCACACACACACACAUAUAUAUAUAUAUCAAUGGUUCCUUGCGUAGAUAUAAUAAUUAUAUUGAAGACUCGCGCUUGCGCGACGUUUUUCACCAACGAAAUAAUACCUAAUUGGGUGAAAAAAAAGUCUUGAGAAAAAACGUUUUCUAGUGACUAGCGUUAAACAAUCUCUCUCCGACAGUGUUAUUUAUUAUUAUUAUUAUUAUUUUUUUUUUCUUUUUUUUUUCUUCUUCUCUUUUUCUUAUCCUUGUUCUUUCCUGACUGCGGAGUAUAGUACACGUUGUGAUUAUCACAAAUUUGUGCGAUACUUCCUCUAUUAAACUUUCCGUAACACAAAUUAACGUUUCUCGACGCUUAGUAUACCUCUAUUAUUAUUAUAUAUA